AGCUGGCCCUGGCACAGCCCAGCCCAGCGUUGGCCAUGAAGGUCUCGGGCACCCUGCUGCUCCUGGCGCUGGCAGCUCUGAGCUUGGCACUUUCCACCACACAUGCUGCCACCCACAAUGAGGUGGACUGCAGCGAGUACAGGAGGCUGGAGAGGGGGAGGCCCAUUUACUGUGAGAGGCUCUACCAACCCUUCUGUGGCUCUGAUGGCAAAACCUACAACAACAAAUGUUCCUUCUGCAAGGCUGUGCUGAGGAGCAGAGGGGCCCUGCACAUGAAGCAGGCAGGAGCCUGCUGAGGGAGCUCUGCAGAGAACAGCUCCCACUGCUCCAUUCCUGAAUUCCAUCCCUCCAUCCUGCAGAGAACAGCUCCCACUGCUCCAUUCCUGAAUUCCAUCAUCCUGCAGAGAACAGCUCCCACUGCCCCAUUCCUGAAUUCCCUCCCUCCAUCCUGCAGAGAACAGCUCCCACUGCUCCAUUCCUGAAUUCCAUCCCUCCAUCCUGCUGAGAGCAGCUCCCACUGCCCCAUUCCUGAAUUCCUCCAUCCUGCAGAGAACAGCUCCCACUGCUCCAUUCCUGAAUUCCAUCCCUCCAUCCUGCAGAGAACAGCUCCCACUGCCCCAUUCCCAAAUUCCAUCCCUCCAUCCUGCAGAGAACAGCUCCCACUGCUCCAUUCCCAAAUUCCAUCCCUCCAUCCUGCAGAGAACAGCUCCCACUGCCCCAUUCCUGAAUUCCAUCAUCCUGCAGAGAACAGCUCCCACUGCUCCAUUCCUGAAUUCCAUCCCUCCAUCCUGCUGAGAGCAGCUCCCACUGCCCCAUUCCCGAAUUCCAUCCCUCCAUCCUGCAGAGAACAGCUCCCACUGCCCAUUCCCAAAUUCCAUCCCUUCAUCCUGCUGAGAGCAGCUCCCACUGCCCCAUUCCUGAAUUCCUCCAUCCUGCAGAGAACAGCUCCCACUGCCCCAUUCCCAAAUUCCCUCCUGCCAUUGGCACUCCUGUUCUUGCACCAAAACUGCUCCUGUUGCUUUACACCAGCCCUUCUUUAGAAUUUUCUCUCCAUGGCUGAAGUCCAAAUCCUCUGACAAUGCCCCAAAUCUCUCCCCCUUGUUGAUGAAAUGUUUUCUUUCCUUUACCCAGAAACUUUUCCCCAAAUGGUUCAGGUUUCCCUGGCAGAGCUUUGACUCUCCCAGUUUUGUAGGUGAAUUUUAAAUGUUUGUUUUUCAUCCCCCUCUGUACAAUUCUGGUUCCUGUAUGUUGUUCAGUUAUUCAUUGUGCUUGUUUAUUAAAAUAAACCUUCACUCUUUUUUUUUUUG